CUAAAAAUUUCAAAAAAUUCGAUAUUUUAUUUUUCAACUUGUCACUUGUCAGUCAAUGAUUGUCAAAAAAUGAAUACACUUUUCAACUCGUCACCUGGAAUGGGAAUUGCAAUUGCUAUUCACCUGGGCAGCAAGCCAAAGUACCACCGCGUCAUUUGAAUGAUAUAACUGCGUCAAAGUACCGCGUAAUAGUUCAAAUUUAUUAACUUGAAAAUUGAAAUCAAAUGUGCAGCACGCCUGCAAGAUAGGUUAUCUAUGGCAUACACCGAAUUCCAGGACUUUUUACCUACAGGCAUUUGAAUGAUCAGAAAAACAUGAUCAAUCAUCGAAAAAUUCUCUUCACACAUCCCAUAAUCUAAAUUGAGUUGGUCAAAUAUGCAUUGAAACAUUCCAUCAGUAAUUAUUUUUCUUCUUCUUUGCUGGGUGAUCUGCGCAAAAACAUCAAUGCAAAUAUUUAGCAAAUACAAGUACCUACUUCACUACAAAUUUCAUCCACAAUGUAAACCAAAGCCCUUCCAAAACGGAUUUUUUUUUGAAGAAAUAGUGUACGAACAUAUCGCUAAUAAAUUUGAGAAGUAUCAUUGCACCUACAGAGAUGAGCCAGUCAAGCGCCUCUAUCGUAUUACCUACCAAAACAAAAACUUCAAUUCCAGAUUCGCAUUGUAUCACUAACGGCCAAUGGCGAAAAAGUUCACAAUUGUGGACAAUCAAAGGUUUUGAAGAAUAUCAUUGUAGAGUUAACAAAUCGCUCAGCUCGUCAGAAUUCAGCAACUCUAAAAAUCCCGAAUAUAAAUGGUACUUGACUAUUGUGACUGACAACCUGAAGUUUGAAGGUGUAGACCAUAUCGGAUUAUUUUUGAAUCUUGACAGAGACAAUAUCUAUGGCUAUGAUAUAUUGGUCAACAUGACAAUGUAUGUACGAGAUGCCGAAGGAUGUGAACGACUUGUUCGUCAAACUCAAGCCAUAUUCACAUUGGACAGUAAUCAACAUGGAUGUCCGAAUUUUGUUUCAACGUUGGUAUUAUUCAAUCCAGAUCCGAAGAACAAAUUUCUCCCUGAAGACACAUUAACAGUUUUCUGCGAAUUUACGUAUGCUGAAUUGGGUGUUAUUGAUAAUUGGCCAAGGCGGGGGCCUAAAGCGAAAAUGACAAUUUCUAACAAUCUUCCAAAAGGAUUAGAACGUUUGUUGCAUAAUCAAACUUUUGUAGAUGUAACUUUUGUUGUGGGUGGUAAGAAUUUCGGUGUUCACAGAAGUAUUUUAGCAGCGCGUAGUCCCGUUUUUGAGGCCAUGUUCAAACACGAUUUACAAGAAAAUAGAUUGAACAAAGUUAACAUCUCAGACAUUCGUUCUGAAGUAUUUGAAGAAUUUUUACUGUUCAUGUAUACUGACAAAACUCCAAAUCGCGAAAUAGUGACAGAGUUAUUCGUAGUUGCUGAUAAAUAUCAAGUUGAAGGUCUACAGGAACUCUGCGAAGAAAUUAUAUUGGAGGAAUUAUCGGCAGAGAACGCGAUCAAUUUGUUAUUUUUUGCCGAUCUUCAUGGGGCAGAACGCGAUUGCUAAUGCAAGUUGCAUUUUAUAUCAAAACAAACUCUGCCUAUCUUACGUCAACCCAGUCGUGAAAAAAUGCGAUUCUGACACGUCCUCAUUUAUUUGAUCUUGUGCAUGGAGUAUGUGAUGUCGAGCACCCUGUAUUGUAUCAUCAGAGCUUCGAGUGACACAUGUCCAUCCAACAAAAAUAUGAUAUUGAUAGAUACCUUAGAAACCUACCUAGUUGAAUCAUUCUGCAAUAGGCUUGGUUAUUUUUUGUUAUGUACAUAUACAUAAAUGUUCUUACUUUGUAACAUUUCGAAUUACAAUUUGCUCAACUCGUA